AGCGAAGCAACGGCAAAUCGAAAACGGAACAUCGUCUAAGGAGCGUCACCAUGGAAAGUGGCCUCAACAGCUCAACAGCAUCGUAUUAGUGAAAGAGCUGGGCAACCGGCAUAGUUAGGAUAGCAAUCACCACGAACAAAAAGAGGAAAGCAAUCGUACGGAAGGCUGGUUAGCCUGCUGCACCGCAAGAGGAAGAGUGGAAUGCACUUUUGAUCUCAAGCCACUUGUGCAUUACCUGUUUCUUCCCUGAUCUAUUAAUACCGUAUCAACAAAGAAACAAGAUACCUCAAAAGUAGCAGUCUAGAUAUCCAUCAAUCUACAAACAAACAAACAAACAAACAACAAUGACACUUCACCAGAGUCCCGACUCGGAGACGAUUGAUAUUCUGCAUGCUCCUCCUACGGACGAAGACAGUGGUGAUAUAAAAUGUGAUUCUCCCGCCGAUUCGCUCCGUCGCAAUGAUGCUCGCGACGGCACCACGUUGGACUUGGAUUCCGCGUUGGAUUUGGGCGAUGAUUUGGACGACUUUUUGGAUGCCGUCCACAGCAACAACACCAUUGAAACGCUGCAGCUAGAAGGAGAAAUGAUUUGUUCGCUCAAUUAUGAUCAGUGUCAUCAACUGUUUGACGCCUUGGGCGGAUUGCCCCUGACCAAGUUGCAUUUGCACAACUUUGUGGCGCCCCUGCCCUUGUUGACGUCUCUGUUGCAACGAGCCCUCAAUUUGGAACGAAUUACACUGCAUACGGCGCAAUUGCUCGGUCGAGAUGAUGUGGAAUCACGAGAAUUCCUUCAAGCCAUUCAAGGUCUACAGCAACUGCAAGCCUUCAAGUGUACCAAUGCCAUUGUCAUGGGAGCAGGACUCUCACUGGAAACUUUAGUGCAAGCCCUGGCGCGUGUUCACAGUAUUCAAAAAGUCGAAUUAGAACUGGAACGAGGCGGAGAAGUUUCCGUCGAAAGCUUGCGAUCGCUCUGUCAGUUGCCUCAAUUGCAAGAAUUGCGUCUCUGGAGAUUGACCAUGAACGAGGAGCAUUUGAUUCUCAUUGCCAACAUUGUACAGUACAAUGAUACCAUGGAACAUUUGGAAUUGGGAGAAAUGGGAUACGCCGAUCAUGGCGUAGCCAGUUACCGUGCUGUGGCCGACAUGUUACGCAACAAUUCCACACUGGAAACCUUUGGAAUGAUCAAUUUCAGUGGUCUCGACGAUGAUGGAUGCGUUCUCGUGGCGGAGGCAUUGCGAGACAAUACCACUCUGCUGCAAUUCAAUAUGCGUGGAUGUGACAAUCUCGUCAUGGGCAUCCCCGCCGCUCGCGCCGUGGCAGACAUGUUGGCACACAAUACGUGUCUACAAGAAUUUGCCAUGAACACCGUUGGCGUCGAUAAUGACGGAGCUAUUGUCCUUGCCCAGGCAUUGCAAAACAACCGGGCAUUGCAGUCCAUCAUGCUGCAGCGGAUUUUUGGCGACAACAAGGCUCGAGGAUUCUUGGCAUUCUUGAACAUGUUGGAAACCAACUACAUGUUGCGUAGAAUCUACCCCGAAGCCGAAGGCGAUGUCAAGGCCAAGAUGGACUUUUAUCUGUCACUCAAUCAACUCGGAUUGCGUCAGGUCCAGCUCUACGUGGACACCGACUGGCACCACUUCUUGGACUUGCUGACCAAGAGUCGGCAUGAUUUGAAUAUCAUUUUCUAUCUACUCUCCACCAGCCCAGACUUUUUGGAUGCCUGAUGAUGCUUCCGAGAUGUGUAAGAUGAACAAAUUACAAACGACAAUCAAUGACACGAAUCUGUACCUUCCAGGAAGGCAACACUUGCAUUUCUCGACACGAUACUACUGCAUGAACUCAAUACUAGCUAGAUGUACACUUUAUAUAAUGCACAUGCAUCACAAUAUGGUACCGGUAGACUAUGUAUGGUAUCUGUUUAACAAUUCCAUUGCCGUCGAUGCAUAUUUUCGUGCUAUCGAGGCGGAAGAAGGAAAAGGAAGGUCUGAUGCUUUUUUCCACUUUGCCUCUCUAGAGUAGCGAAAAUCAUAUAAGCUCCAUGUAUCACUGUCAUGCUUAACUGUCACACCUUCUCACAGGAGGCCAGUGUGGCCGGUGAACAGACUUGAAUGGGCAACACCUGGGCCCUGGCUCAUGGGUGUUCC